CGACGUCUGCUCGAAACAUCCCCGCGAUCGUGUUUCUUUCUCUCCACUUUCUCUCCACCAUCCUCUUCUGGAGACAAGGUCACGUAGGACGAACUACGGGGACAAGGACGAUCCAGUGGUUCUCGCGUCUCUUCGACUCCGCAACGUGCACCAGCCUCUUUCUGGGUCAACAUUCGAAACAUCCGAGCAAAGUUCGGAUAAGAGCAUCGUUGUCAUGAUGUAGAAUGCGCGAGGAUCAUCCGGGGAGAGAGCAUGUCGCGGUGAGAUCCAACGGGAGGUGUAGAAAAAGGACACAGUGGCCGGCUGAAUUUCGCUGGGAUCUGCAAAGUCUAAAUUAAUCUGGAGCCUCGUUGUUGUUGAAGUUUCGAACGCGGGCCUGCUGCUAGUCGGCGUAAAAAGAGCGUACGCGGAAUAAAACUUUCGUACGAGGAAUAAAAAUAAGCGUGAUACGGAGAACCGAGGGAGUCGGAUCAGUUUCUGGUCCGGGGUGGUUACGUAUCGCACUAGAAGAAACCGGUGAUAUACUCGAAACCAACAAGUGGUCACUCGACAUUUUAUAUCAAAAACACUCGUAACACUCCUAUCUAGGAUAACACGGUUCUCGUAUCCGUAUUAGCGUGAUUACGCUUUCUUCUAAGCACAACGUAUCAUUCCGUUCAGGUGAAUAUUCUUGCAUCUUCGAUUUUUCGAUGAAUUCGUUGACCUAAAUUGUUCUCCCGACUACGUGCGUCGUACCGAAACUCUACAGUCAUAGUUCGUCGUUAUUAACAAAAUAUAGUUCCUCCAGAGUCGAUAGUGUCAGUGCAGUGUCAAAGUUUGAAUAGGAUCCGAGUGUUUGAUCGAGCAAUAGCGUGUUUGAGUGUGGAUGACAUCGCGAGUGAAUCUUCCGCAAGGUGUCCGGGAAUGACAUAAGUGGACGACUGUCCGAGUCGUCGAUCGCCGAUCGUGUUCACAGAGUAAAAACAAUUGCACGAAAGUGGUUCGCGUGGCGAAGAAGGAGAAGGACGCGACGAUGGCGGAGCGUCCUGGAAGUAGGAGACGUUCUCGUCGCGACAGCGUUGAAACGGGGGGGUCUAUACGUGGCACGCCGCCUGCGUCGAAGGAUCGAAGGACGAAACGAUCGAGCAAACCGUCGAAGGAACGAUGGUUGCUGACGAGAAAAACCUGGCGUUACAUGGCGGACGCCGGGAGACGUUUGAUCCCCGAUGGAACGCACAAUAGGCCAGAGGAUAUACCAAAGAUAGAGCAAUACUUCCAGGAAGUAUGUCAAAAGGAACCGAGGUUCCUGCUCUGGCGAAAGGCUUCCUAUCCCGGUACCUUGGGUUUCCGGUCACAGAGACGCCGGCGUCAAAUCAAGGGCGGCAGCUGUCGAACUAAAGCCAGCUCCGCCGACGAAGCGGACGACAUCAGAAAUCCUCCUCAAGGUUUCGUCCUCCAAACCACUACGGCCGGCAAGUUCGACCUGGCCAAAGCUAAACGGGAAUGGUUGCUGGCGUCCGAAGGUGGUAGCACACCUUCCAGCCCUGUGGAGCACAGAAAGUUCCAGCAGGAGGACGCCGAGACCAAAGCGCUGGCCGAUAUGUUACAGAAGUACCUGAACAUGCAAAGUGACGUCGCUGGUACGACGAAAUCGACCGGAAGGUCGGAGAUCCCCGGUCAGUUCGAGGGGAAAGAACCCUUCGACUAUAAGAGUCUAAUAGACAAGCUUCAGCAACACCUAGAUCUGAUGGUUGCUCAGGCGAAACUUGAGGAGCUGUCGGUCCAACGAGCUUCCUCGGACAAGGACAAAGUUCCGAAGUCCAUGCAACCGUACCAAGGGGACUACGUGCACAAAUCGCUGAUGGAUACCAUCAGUCGUUACUAUAGUAAGUCCGCGACCAGGGAGCACGUGAUCUCUGAUAUUCUGACCGACAGGAAGCUCCUGGAGAAGUUGUACUUCGAUCUGAGGUGCACCAGGGGGUUCAGAGGACCACGUGCGACUGGUGCUUACACGUCGCCGUCUAAUCGCUGGUGGACUCAUCAGCGCACCAGAGUGCCGACCAAGGAUUCCGAGGACUGGCUGUCGGUCAGAAGAGACCCCAUCUCCCCGCCGCCCUUGAUAGCCGUCCAGGAACCCAGUACCGAUCGUGGCCCCAUUGACGACGCUGUCCAAACGGACCCCGUGCCCCGCGAAGUUCUCGAUGCUAUUCUUCUAGAGAGAGAAAAGGAAGAGCCCAGGGAGAUACCCGUGCAGAAACCCGGUGGUCGCAGGAGGAGCAGCGUGGACAACGACGACGUGUCACCCUCUGUCAGCGAUACCAUUAAGAGGUACCUCCGAAUGGCCAGAAAGAAAUCAAUGGACGCUGACAAGGUGGACAGGUUCAAACGGGUGAACUACGAUAGAAACCUGAGGAACAUAAAGGCUAAAGGGGAGACCACGAAGCUGAGCGACGACGAGGGCAACAACAAGGGCUGUCAAACGGACGACAACUGGGUCGUUAAUUACAGGGAGAUGUCCUCCGCGGAGAAUCCCUCCGAAAAUCUGUCGGACGCCGACACGACCACGUCGCCACCCAGUAGAAACGCGAGCUCGAGGAGCAGCAUCGAUGCUGGCCUCGGAUCCGAGGAACCACUAACACCCAAACACCAUCAUCAAUCCUUCCUUUCCCAUCUCCUGCACGGUUCCAACGCGCACAAGGAUAAACCGCACUCGGCACCCGGUUCGCCGGCACUCACGUCAUCGUCCACCAAUUCCGCAGGUGGCACAGCGAUGCAGAAGAGCAAAUCCUCGAGCAGCGUGGUGCAUCACGGCAGCCGAUUGGUGGCCAAGAAGAUAUGGAAGUCCAGGAGCAAGAGCACCUCGAGGGCGUCCAAUCAACCCUCCGUCUGGACACCUCAGGGAAAAUGCACGUGGGCGGGCACUGGAGGACGACGUGUUACCUUGCAGGAUACUCCUUUAAGGUCACUGUCAGAGAUAGAGAGGAAGGUCCUUUGCAAGGUCGCUGUCGCGAAACUUCAGGCCCUUAACUUAGGUGUUCAUAUCAGGCCACCAAGUGAAUGUCUUGGCACCAGUGCCGUUGUCACGAAGCCCAAGAGGAGAGCACCUUUACUGAAGAGGAAAGCCCUUACAACGGGCUUCUUCGACAAUAAAGGGAAGGAUGACAAGGAAAAGGAUUCAUCAGGUGGCCUGGUAUUUGGCAUACCGCUAUCACAGUGUUUAGAGAACGAUAGGAUCGCUAGAAUCGCUGCUGGUGAGGUAUCGGACGUUGGUUGUCUGUCGAGGAGUAGCAGACACGGCAGUCGAACAAGUUUCACGAGCCUCAUCGAACCGACUGUGGCAGCUAAAACCGAAGAGGGUGGAUCAUGCGAGUCUUUGUCGUCGAAAGGAGGAGCUUUAACCGGAAGCGAUUCUGGAGUGCUGGAGCUGAGCGACAGCGGUGGAGGGGGUCCUCCAGGGGAAUGGGACGCUGUUCCAUGCAUAGUCAGACAAUGCAUCAGGCACCUGGAAAACACGGGACUUCGAACCCUCGGUGUGUUUCGGGUGUCACCCUCCAAGAAGAGGGUGAGACAGCUGCGAGAAGACUUCGACUGCGGUCGUGAGACGAAAAUCGGUCCCGAUCAGUGUCCCCACGACGUAGCAGCUCUGUUGAAGGAGUUUUUUCGGGAUUUGCCCGACCCUUUGCUCUGCAGGGAUUUGUACCAAGCCUUCGUCCACACGCAAAAGAUCCGGAACAGGCGACUUCAGCAAGAGGCUCUUCAGCAUCUCAUUCAGCUGCUGCCCACGCCAAAUCGUGAGACGCUCUGGGCACUUCUGAACUUUCUCAGCGUGGUGGCGGCGAAUAGCGAAGAUCAAAAGAACGAAACUGGCGAGUGGGUACCGGGAAACAAAAUGGACACGACCAACCUGGCAACAGUAUUCGCACCAAACAUCCUCCACUGUGUGAAGCCCGGACAAAGGUCAGAGGUGUCGGCGGAAAGGGCGGAGGAGAGGAUAGACGUAAUAAAUGUAGUGAGAGCACUUUUGGAGCACGCUUCCACAUUAUUUACAGUACCAGCCGCUCUUCUGGAUGAAGUGUACCUGCACAUGAUGGACACACAUCCGGUCGAUUUAGAUCUUGCCCUUUCUCGACGCGCUGAAGAGCAAUGUGGUGAUGAAGUGGAUCCAUGCAGCGAAGCUGAAACCUUCUCUGUUGAAGAAACGUUGACAACGUCGACGACGACCACGGCUGGCACCACUAUGGCUACCAGAAAGGUGUGGACAAGAGAGCAAUGUCUCCAUCAAACAGCAGGAGUAGGCGGAGACAUAGGUCCAAGGCCCAGACGGCCAAAAAGGCCAGGAAGUCGACGAAAAGAGGAAGGUAGAAGUAACAGCGUGGACAGCGGUUCUAGCGAAGAUCCAGCUGAUCCUCGAAGAAGAUCUUCACCUAUGGUAAUCACCGCCAGUCUCACCAUACCGAUGUCCGGAGCGUUCACGUUGAACCUCGACGAUCCGGACAUUCCUUACAUCGAAGAGGCACCUAAACAACCCAGUGCACCGCCCAGGAGGCAAAGGCAGCGAUCGAUUUCCGGUUGCAGCGAAGGUGGAAGGCACGGGAGUGACAGUGCCGUGGGUUCUUCAGCCACCUUAUCGGGCGACCAAGCACCAAGUUCUCCUCCAUCGUGGGCGUCCUCGCCUCCAGCUAGUCCAGACAGCGCGGUAACAGCUGUUUCAUACAUACCUGAUCAACAAGCAGUUCUCCAGAGGGUUUCGUUCACUACUUCGAGCGAAGUUCGUCAGGUGACCAGGUCGAACAACCAGGAAACGUCGAGGAGUAUGGCGGCGCCGUACACGCCGAGCAUCACAAGCAUCGGUGGUGCGGUUUUGAGGUCAAAGACCGCAGACAUCGAAAGGAUGCUACACAUCUCCAGACCGGAUCCCGGUAUCUCGAUGUCACAAAGCAAGAGCAGUUCGAACACCUCCUCCGAGAGUAAGAAAUACACAAAGAGGCGUUACACGGACUCGAGGCAUCAAACUCGCCACAUCCCUGAUUCCGAGACGUUGGCGGGUAAGGGUGCAAUGACAGCGACAGUCUCGUCUUCCACCACGAUGUCCUCUUCGUCUUCAGCGAGCAGCACGCCAAAUCAGCGAGCUGGGGCACAGCCCGUUUGGAAACGACGGGAACUCAUCUCCAGUGCGCCUAAGGACAGAGAGGGAUACUUCUGAACGACGAUCCCUGUCGACGAUCGAAACGAAUGUUCGGCCUUGAACUUCAAUUUACAUUAGGCCGUGCCGUCAUCGUGCAAAAGGUGAAGGUUUUGAGGUAGAAUUUGUAUUGCAACGUAUAGUAUGCGUUAGACAUAUUAAAAAUAUAUGUUAUAACGUGUAACAUGCGUUAACAUAUCAAGAGUAUAUGUUAUAACGUAUAAUAUGCGUUAGACAUAUUAAAAAUAUGUAUUGCAACGUAUAAUAUGCGUUAUACAUACUAAAAAUAUGCAUUGUACAUAUUAAAAAUAUGUAUUAUGUAUGUAAGUCUCAAUACUGAAGUUGCAGAACCAAAACGGAAAGAGUGAAACACAUACUUUGCCCGCGAAAUUUAAACGUCUUAAAACAGAAGUUUGACAGUUAUGUUAGAGUGAGACACUCUUUCAUCAUGUUGUCCUUCAUUUAAAUUAAAUAGUGUAAUAAUUCGACCGCUUUUUCUAAUAUAAUUAUCGCUUUUACCAUUUGUGAUCAUUUUGCGUUUGAAUUUCGCGGGCGAAGAGUAUGCUUGAGGUCGCCAUUUUGAUUACCGUAACUUCAAGACUUACGAUCCUGUUUUUGAGAGAAAUUAAUGUGGAAACGGUGACGGCACGGUGUAGUAUGAAUUGAAUUUAAUUAUGCUACAUCUAUUGAAAAUAACUAUGCUACGUCGAUUGAAAACGAACCUUGAUUGUGCUACGUAGAUUAAGAAGGAACCUUGGUUGUGUUACGUAGAUUGAAACGAAACCUUGAUUGUGCUACGUAGAUUGAAAAGGAACCUUGAUUGCGCUACGUAGAUUGAAAACAAACCAUAAUUACGUCGAUUAAAAAUAACAAACUAAUUUAAUAAACUCUAAUAGUUACGUCUAGCUAGGAUCAGCCGAAUCUAGGGAAUUAAUGGCGGCGCAGUGGAAAAAGUGACGUCACGGUGAGUAACGUAGUACAAAGUAGUUGUAGAACAUCUAUGUAUAUUGCACAUGUGCACAAGUUGUAUGAAUUUAUAUGUGCACAUUGUAAUUGCAAUAUAUAUGAAUGGCGUCACUUUUUCCCUAUAUAACCGGAUCUUUCGAUCGUUUUAUAGCAGUUCUUUUCAGGGUAACGAAUGCGUUCCAUGAGGAGCAGUUUUUGCAUUUUGGGAAAAGGUUCGAAUAUGUAUUUAUAGAAAAAAUUUUUUACAGCUUUUGUAUACUUGUAUCUGGUUUAUUUAAAAGAGAACUGGGAAUUAUUGUUAGGGAAUCUUAAUGAUUCAGGACUUGUUUGGAACGUGAUUAAAAUUCUUGAAAAUAAAAACGAGUUGCAUGAACAUGUAUGGUAUUCAUCAAAAAGUGCAUUAUAAACUUUAAUUUAAUAAAAGAGGCUUUUGCAUGUAACUCGUUUUUGUUUAUCAGGGUUCAAUGUUAUAACGCCUACAAAUGAUAGAAUACUGCUAUGAGACUGAUGUUCAAUACCACAAAUAUAUAACAAUUGAACAAUUAAAAACUGGAAAUAGAAAAAGCUUUUCAAAUAGUACUAAUGUGAACAAAAGUGAAUACAUAACGUGCCUUAUAUUGUCUCUUUUAUAAUGACAUAUGAAACAUUAACGUUUAACACAUUGAUUAACAUGAUUAAUUAAAUGUGUAACACAUUCAGAUAUUAAAUGACUUUUCGUGAGCUGUUCUAUGUACUGUGACUAUUGUAUAGGACGCACAUGUGCGUUGUACGCACUCACACAUUGUCUCGUAAGGAGUAGAUUUAUAGCAAGGUUUCAUGGUCUUUAAGGUACAUUUAUAUCGACGUAGACAUAAACACAUAGACAUAUGUGGGACGUAUUUCAAUAUUGUGAUUCCAUAUGGAAAAUGACGUCUUAUGUGGUAGCAAACGGGUUGAUAUCGAACGGGUUGAUAUUCAACAGAUUGAUAUCGAGCGGUUUGAUAUCGAACGCGUUGAUAUCCAACAGAUUGAUAUCGAGUGGAUUGAUAUCCAACAAAUUGAUAUUGAACGCGUUGAUAUAGAACGGAUUGAUAUCGAGCGGGUUGAUAUCGAACGAGUUGAUAUCCAACAGAUUGAUAUCGAGCGGGUUGAUAUCCAACAGAUUGAUAUCGAAUGCGUUGAUAUCCAACAGACUGAUAUCGAGCGGGUUGAUAUCGAACGCGCUGAUAUCCAACAGAUUGAUAUCGAACGCGUUGAUAUCCAACUGAUUGAUAUCGAACGCGUUGAUAUCCAACAGAUUGAUAUCGAACGCGUUGAUAUCCGACAGAUUGAUAUCGAACGCGUUGAUAUCCAACAGGUUGAUAUCCAACAGCUUGAUAUCCAACAGGUUGAUAUCCAACAGGUUGAUAUCCAACAGAUUGAUAUCAAACAAAUUAACAUCAAGAAAAGUCCGAACAUUCGAAUCGAUCGUUACAACGUCCACAAGAAAAAAUAAACAUAGUCACUGCCGUUCAGACGUAGCCUGGCAAAGUGUUCCUCGACACGUUUCUCGCUUUUAGCGAGAACUCGGUGUGCUCACAUUUAUUGUUAGUGAGCACUCGGUGUAUCGUGGAGUGUCUAUUGGUUCCUAGACUACCGUCCUCGCGCUCGCAAAGAUCUCCAUGAUGAAAUGUACGACUAUCUAUUUCAU